AGGAAGAGCCUUGGAGAAAGGUUUACACCACUUCUCUCUUUUAUCAAACAUUCAGUUUGUCAGCAACUAUUAAAGAAAGCUGUUCAUCCAGACUACGCAGACGGAUAUCUUAACAAAAUACUUUCAAUCCAAGCUAUCACAAAGAUGAUCCUUUAUGUCUUUGUUUACAUCAUACUUAUUUUAAUCUUUAGUCCAGGACUCUCAAUGAGCAUGUGCACUUUAAAGGUCCUGCAGCCUCAAGAGCUUCUUCAUGCAAGAUUUAACCAGUCAAUCUCCAUCUCUUGCCAUGUCAACAUGUCUUGCCCAACUUUGCACCAAAAGCAAAUGGUGCAAUGGUAUGUGUUGGGGACAGACUCCUAUUAUGAAGUGGAAAUAAACAAUCACCCAAUGAAGUAUAGAUUGCAAGGCGCAGACCUACAUAUCAGCAGCUUCUCAUACAGCGAUGAAGGUGUGUAUUACUGUGCUGCGUCUUAUCAAGAUUUAGCAAACAGUGGCGCACAGGAUAUUGGGACUGGAACAACACUGACAGUGAAAGAGAACUAUAAUGCUGGAAAAGUUGUGCUGCUCACACUGGUGGUCUUUCUGUCCCUCUAUAUUUUAAUAAUCCUGACUCUCUUCAUCUAUGUGAAGACUGGACGAGUCACAUUAAAAGGAAGACGAAGCCAACGACAGGGCAAGGGUGAGUCAACCAGGAAUGUCCAUUUCGGUGCUGUGGUGCAAGAACUGUACAGUAAGAGGAACUUGCGCAGGAACAAGAAAAAUACAUCCACUGAAGUAACAAAGAAAGACAAGGUUGAAAAUCCACGGUCCCCCACAGGGAAAGAAGACAUAUACCAAAACCUGAAAAGGCCUUGAUUAAACACCAGCUGGAAGCAUGGAAAGCUUUAUAGUACACAAACAACAAAAACAUUUACACAGAAGGGACAGAAAGAAGAACAUUCAACUUAAGAACCAGCUCUUUUCCAAAACUAUACUAUUAUAAGCCAAAUAACAAAAAAAAAGUGUGAAACUGAAACUUUUAAUAUUGCCACAGACUCUUCUGUGUUGAGGUGAUUCUCUGUUUCACAUCUCCAUAUAAUGCUUUAUUGCCUCUUUUUAAUACAUAUUAUAUACAAUAAAAUACAAUAUAAUACAAUAAUUAUUUUUAGUUCUCUUUUAUAAAAUAAGGCAUGUCUAUAUAUAUGCCUGUCUGUUCAGUGCUGUUAAAAUUUAUUUGAAUCUUUGUAUUUUUUAUUCUUUUUUUUUAAUAAUGCUUGUUAAUAGUUGUUAAAUGUGUUUCCCAUUUUCAUGUAUCUUAAUCAGAAGUAAAGUUCUGGUGUCUUCACAAGUAAAAAUAGAGGAAACUACAUUUAAACAUCACAGAUAUUUUAACAGCUGGUAUCUGAGGCAAAGCUGAUUUCCAUUGUGUUAUAGCACAUAUCUAUCAGACAAGCUGAAUAAGCCUGAAAUUAUGUGAGGAGAUAUUAAUUUUUAGACCUCUUUAUGCAGACUAAUUACAUUUAUUGCUGUGUAAAUUAGACUAGCUGCUUAACCCACUCGGUCUAAAAUUGUUAUUAUGGUAAGAAAAUAUGUUUUUAAAAUGAUUAUUUUUUUAAAAUUUUAAUUAUAAAUAUUUAUGCUGUUUUUUAAAUUGAGGGGAAACAAACAAACAAACAAACAAACAACAACAAUGUGUGAUUUCCGUAUACAAUAAUAAAACCCAAGGGCUUAUUUUAAACACUAAUGAAGUAUGAUAGUGCAAGUAUCUACAGCAGUUAGUAACAGUUACAUUGUGCUUUCAUUAAAAUGCAGUUUUCUAGGUGCCAUGAAAAUAUUCAUUAUUAAAGAUAUUUUAUGAUCCUGAAUGCAUAUCUACAUGCCCUGCUCUAAUCAUUUCAUAAUCAUAAAAUGUUCCCAUUCCUGGUGAAGAUUAAGCUUUAUAAUUUACACUUUACAAACAGUUCAACUAAU